CUUUUUCUCUUAUCUUCCUAUCCUUUACGUCGCCCUUCAUUGCAAUGAAAAUUGUAUUGUAUGUUUGUUAUACUUUUAUGUUACUUUAUGUUCUCUCUUCGAUAGUUCGAGACAGGCAACGAGUUUUGAGUGCGACUGAGUGAGGGCUAAAGAAAGCCACUUAAAAAAGAAGAAAAAAAGAAAAAAACGAACGUCCUUCUUAAAGUGUACUUCAGUGAAGUGAAUUGAUUUGAAGUGAAAGCACAUGAGGCAGAGCAUAUCAGCUAAAAUUGUAGAAUCUUAAAAAUCUAUCUGAGGACUUGAAUUAACUGUUAAGUCAUCAUUAGACUAUAGAUAUAUUGUGAUGUGUUAAAGAUUUUAUUUUAAUUUAAUAAAAUAUUUCGAUGAUAAGAACAGAAGGAACAUCAAUGAAUGAAGUGAAUAAAACAUUAUUUAAAGAAGAAAUUAAGUGAAAUAUUGUUGAAAAGAAGUUUAAUUUUUUUUUUGAGAAAUAUCCAGAUUGAAUUAAAAUCAUUCAAAGUGGCAAACGAAGUAGAAAAAACAUCUUCAUCACCAACAUUGACCAAUAAAGCAUUGGAUCAUUUGGAUGAGAAAAAAAUUCCAAUACAAAAAGAUCAAAAUUGUGUAAAAUUGAUUAUAAAUAACAACAAUAAUAAUAAUAAUACUAUUACGAAAAUGCCACCAGCGUCAAGUCCGCCGGCACUGUCAACAUGGGCUCCAAUUUUAUUUCCACCAUGGAAUCCAACUGGUCUCUUACCAGCUGCUUUUUACCCAGCAGCUCUUAGAUCAUUACCAAAUUUUCUUGAAAGCAUGAAGUUACCGACAUCAGUGAAUACAAAGCCGACAUCAGGUUUCCAUAUUUGUGAUAUUUUAGAAUUAAAUAAGGACAAAAAGGACGAAAAGCAACCGCAGGAUAAAAAAUUGGAAAACGAAAUAAAACGUGAUGAUGAAAUUGAUCAGAAUUGUGAUGAAGACGAUGAUUUAGAAAUACAAAAAGAGAAUUUAAGUAUCGAAAGUGAAGAAAAUCUUUUGAAUGAAUCAGAACAUGUUGAGAAUGUAAUGAAACGAAAGCACAGUCAAUCCCCAACUAGUCAAAAUAAUGAUAAUGAAUCUCAUAAUGGAGAUGAGGAAUCAUCACGAGAUUCACAUCGAGAAAAUAAAUCUAAAUUAAAAAUGAAGCAUAUAAAGCAUAAUAAACGAAAUGAAAAUGUUGAAAUUCCACAAUACAAUAGUUUAGGACAUUCAGUAUCAACAAAUCAUCAUCAACAACUCUUGAGUGAUACUAUCCAUCAAUAUUCAAAUCAUAUUUUUCAAAAUCAUCCCGCAAUGCGACCAUGGUUUAAUCCAAAUGUUUUUCAUCAACAUAAUCACCAUCAACAGCAAUCGAUCGGUCUAGACAAUACGUCACCAAUUAGUGAAUUAACAGAACUGUCAUAUGGAAACCUAUCUCGUCAUCAGUCUGUUUUAGAAAAAAAUCGAAAAUAUUUUCAACAUCUACAACAACAGCUUCAACAGCAACAACAAAAUGAUGUUAAACAUAUUAGUUCAGCAAAGUCAGAAUCAUAUCCAUCAGAUACGGAAGAAAAUGAUCACGUUGAUAUUGAAGAGGAUGGCGAAGGUGGCGAGAUAAUUGAGAUGGACGAUGAUGAUGAUCAGCAUAGUAAUCACGGAAAUGGCGAUUCUUCAGCAUUAUCAAGUGGUGGGAAUGGAAUCAUUAAUAAAAAGAGAAAACGAAGAGUUUUAUUCUCAAAAGCACAAACUUUUGAACUUGAGAGACGAUUCCGUCAACAGCGAUAUCUUUCUGCGCCAGAACGAGAACAUUUAGCAUCUUUAAUACGAUUGACACCUACACAAGUUAAAAUUUGGUUUCAAAAUCAUCGAUACAAGACAAAACGUGCAGCACAUGAAAAAGGAAUGGAACAUCAUCAUCAUCACCAGAAUUUGAAUACAUCAAGUAAUCUCCAUUCACCACGUCGUGUUGCAGUUCCUGUUCUUGUUCGAAAUGGUCGGCCGUGUCUUGUUGGACCAGGAUCACAAAACGCAUCAUCAAUUGCUCCUAAUCUACACCAUUCAAAUUAUGCCGCACAAGGAUUUCCGAUGCUUCACAUCAAUUCGUAUUAUUAAAUUUAACUUUAUAUUGUAGUUUAAUUGCCCAAUAUUUUAGGUUUUAGUUUCUAUUCAAUCAUGUAUUGUAUAAAUAUGAUUUCAUUGUUCAAUUUAAGCAUUCUCACCCAUCAAUUUAGUUUUUGAUGUGAGUAAUAAAUUAAUACUAUAG